AUGUCAAGCCCAAAUUUAAAUUAUUCCAUAUUAGCCGGAUGCAUACUAUGCUAUAUUUCAUCGAUUUUUUUGGGCCUAGAUAGCAAUUUUGUUCCAAAGAGUGCACUUCGACAUAUGUGCACUAUUCAAAUUUGGUUGUUAAGCUUAGGAUUUACCAUUGCUUUUGGCUCAGUAACUGUAAAAUCUUGGCGAAUUUACAAAAUCUUUUUUAAUCCGACCAAAAUCCGAAUGGUUAUAAGAGAUAUUCAACUUUUUGGACGUCUAAUACAACUCUUGGCUGUCGAUAUUGUUAUACUAUCUCUAUGGACAACGAUAGAUCCAAUUACCAUCAUGGAAAAUAAUAUUGGCUCACCUAAGAGAAUUGUAACAGCUAACAUUGAAACUAUAGUAAUGCAUCGGAUUCAAAUUUGCUACUCCAAAUAUACAAGUGUUUGGCUCGCAGUGACUCUUAGCUAUAAAUUAUUAUUAUUGCUUGUUGGUGUAUUCUUAGCAUGGAAGACUCGUAAAGUUUCUAUCGACUCGUUAAAUGAUUCCCAUUCGCUAGCUAUGACAGUUUAUAAUAUAUUUGUCUUAAGUUGUACCGGGAUCAUAGUUGGUAUCGCAUCAAAUUUAAUCCUAGAUGCUCAAUUUGCAAUGCAAGCUAGUUUUAUUAUCUUAUGUACAACAUCCUCAAUGGGAUUGCUCUUCAUCCCUAAGAUAUCACAAGUCAAGAUUCAUCCUAUCCAAGUAACUUCUUCUUCCAAACUGGAUAAGCAAGUUCGCGAAUCUUUUCAAAAAUCAACCCUUAGCCAAAAAAAUCUGGAGCUAGAGCUUCGAAAAUUGAAAUUAAUCAUAUCUGAGAAAGAAAUGGCAUUGGUAACAGUUUCAUGCAUUCGCGAUGAUAAAAUUAGCCAGCUUCAAAUGCCACUCUCUGCAGUUUCUAACUUUAUAUCGACAUAG